AUGAAGUACUACGGUGGUGAAGGCUUACUGAAUACAGCUAUAAAUAAUUUACCUGUAGAAUUACACAUCCCAACGUACAGAUACUGUGGUCCUGGCACUAAACUUGCUGAAAGGUUAGCCAGAAAUGAUCCAGGUGUGAACGGAUUGGAUGAAGCUUGUAAACAACACGAUAUAUUUUAUUCAAAAGAAAAAGAUCUGAGUAAUCGGCAUUUGGCUGAUAAGGUGCUGGCAAAACAAGCAAUGAAUAGGUUUCGUGCAAGUGAUUCGUCUUGGAAGGAGAAGGUCGCCGCUUUAGCUGUAGCAGGUGCUAUGAAAGCUAAAGUAAAACUUGGAAUGGGCUUAAAAGAAACCUCUCAAAGGCACCAAAAACGUAAUAUAAACAAUUGUUUGAAGAAAUUACAUAAAUUAGCGAAAGAAUUAGAGGGGUCUCAAAAACUGGUUCAAGACUCUGUACAGAUCCUACAAACUGAACAAUCUCAAAAAGCUCAAAAAAAUAUACUUGCGAAGGUUAAGGAGAAAAGUAAAUCUAGUGAGAAAAAAGUACGAGAAGUGAGAGAAAUCAAGAAACACGAAACCAAAAAUAACUCUGUAGUAAAACAUGAAACAUUCAAAGUAAAGCGUGAACGAAAAACAAAACCUAAUGUUAAAGAGAAUAAACGUGGCAGAAAACCAAAGUCUGCUUUAGAAAGCAUAAAUGAAAAAAUCAAGAGAAGAAAAAAACCAAAGACUCCAAUUGAAUACAUGGACAUUGAUAUAACAGAAGAAGGACAAAAGAACAAACCAAAAAAGAGGAAACUGGAUUCAGCCUUUACUACUACUCGUACUUCAUUGAAUGAUGAAAAAGUGAAAAAAAGAAAAAUAGAUUUGGAUGAUCCAAUUAUAAUUCCUGAGAAAAAAUGCAAUACAAAACGUAAGAGAGAAUCUGAUAAUGAAGAAAACGAACAACAACAACGCAAGUUAGAUAUGAGUGACGUAAUUCCACAUCCAUGGAAACAAAAAAAUAGAAAACGGAAGAUUCAACCAGAUAAUGAUAAUGAUCGUGAUAAUGAUGAUGAUGAUGAUGAUGAUGAUGAUGAUAGUAACAUACCUAGGAAAGUUAAAGUUAUAAAUACCUAG